GGCCGAACAAGCGGAGGCCACUCUUACUGGAACAGCCGCCGAGCUAUCCGGCUUAAAACACCAUGUGUCUCAGAUGGUCUCUGCAAUCUUUGGCCCCAGGAGCUCCAAUCUUAAUCAAAAUGUGUUGAUCAAAUUGAAGGCGGUUUAUACCUUGGUAGAGCAACUUUACACCGGGUCACAGCAUGCCUUAGCCGUUGUGGCUCUGUCAAAUGAAGUUCCCACUCACCUGGCAGAUGUACUCAGGCGGCUUGCCGUACUUCCUCAACGCUUCCAAGAGUUGAGACGGGCUUCUGCAAGAGCCGGAGCUAUAGCCGCUCUGAGCCGGGCCAAGGCGUUUCUACCGGAGCUAGACCCGGCCGACAUCGCCCUUGGAUACCCCAGCUUGAAGGAAGACGGCACCCCCUUUGACCAUAAUAAACUGGCCCUCAAUUAUAUCUUCGAGAUAACCAUAACAGCAUACCUGCGAGCCUUCAAAUAUACUUCCGGUUUAUAUAACCCGAAUAAUGAGGUUGAGAACUCCGGCUCACCAGCACUUAUAAUGCUUAUUAUGUGCCAUCAACAUUAUUAAUCAAGGUUAAGCCGGUGGAAUUAAAACCACCCUUGAAUACUUUUGAUGUGAUCAAAA